AUGGAGUGUAAGAAGGGAGAAACACUUCGUAGAGGGCCAUGGCUCGAAGAAGAGGACGAACGGCUCGUGAAGUUCGUUACCCUAUUGGGAGAAAGACGUUGGGAUUCUUUAGCAAUAGUUUCCGGUUUGAAGAGGAGUGGUAAGAGUUGCAGACUAAGGUGGAUGAACUAUCUGAAUCCGAAUCUGAAGCAUGGACCAAUGAGUCAAGAAGAAGUAAGGAUCAUCCUUCAGCUCCAUGCACUCUGGGGUAACAAGUGGUCGAAGAUUGCGAGAAGAUUACCUGGUAGGACUGAUAAUGAGAUUAAGAACUAUUGGAGAACUCAUUUUAGAAAGAAAGAAGAAGCUCAAAACUAUGAUAAGAUCACUGAUUGGAGAGGAAAUAUAGGAGAAGAUUUGUUGCACAAGUAUAACGAAACAGAGAUCACGAGAACAAGGAUGACGUCUCAAGAACAUGGUUUUGAUGAAACUGUCAAGGAAUGUAACCAGAGAAGUAUGGAAAGUGGUCAAGAAACCAAUGGUAGUAUUUUCGAAAGAGAAAGCUUUGGUAUUAUGAAUUCACCAUACGAAAACCGGAUUUCGGAUUGGAUAUCGGAGAUUUCUACAGACCAGAGUGAAGCAAAUGUUUCAGAAGGCAAUAGCAGCAGUACCAGUGAGAAGAAUAUUAAUAUUGCUUCUUGGUGGUUUCAAGAGACUAGGGACUUUGAGGAGUUUUCAUGUUCUCUAUGGUCAUAA